CCCCAGGAUCGCCUCGCUAAUUAGACUACAUUGACACAAAUUGACAUAUUCUCUGACACAGGACGCAUCCGCCAUCACCGUUCGGGCCGCCGAUUGAAAGACCCUCAAAAGCAAUGCCCCGUUGUCGAGAUGCUGGAUCCGGGCGCUUUCCCCGCUGAGCUGAAGGGCUGACCAUGGAUCCAAACCCGAACUACAACUACGUGAGCUUUGCCGACAAGCUCAGGUUCCUCGCAGCCGAGAUCGCGUGGCCUUUCAUCGCUCUCGCAAUUUGUAUACGUAGGAAAGGGAAGGGGAGGAUCACGCUGAAGGAGGAGCUAUACGAUGCCAGAUUCCGACGGCCGGACUUCGCGGGCUACUGGAUGCUACGGCACUGCUUUACCGACCCGCAGCCUCCCUCCUCAUCAGAUAUCGUCCUAUGCUACAUCCACGGAGGCGGCUACCAAGUCUGGCAGCCAGGGACCGUCAGCGUCUUCGCGCUCGACUACUCCCUCGUCCCCGAAGCCAUCUUUCCGAUGCAGAUCGGGCAGAUGGCUGCCAUGUACAGGUACAUGCAAGAGGAGAUGGGCGUCCACUACAACAAGGUCGCGAUCGCAGGCGACUCAGCAGCCGGGGAAGGGUCUCUUCCUGAUCAGCCCGAUCUGCUCGCCGGACACGUCAGCGCAACGUACCACCCGAACGACGGGCUCGACAUGCUGUCCAAGACGAUCGUCGACCAGUACGUCGCCGAAAUCUUCGGCGCGUCCGAACACGCGGGAAAGGAGCUCGGGCUGCCAUAUCACGAGUUCGCGCGCCCUGUGCCGGGCUGGAAGCGCGACUGGGCGGAGGUGCUGCCUACGCGGGUGUGGAUAGGCGCCGGCGCCAACGAGGUGUCGGCGGGCGAUAUCGAAGACAUGGCGGAGGCAAUGCGCGUCGCGUCCGUCGAGGUUGAAUUGGCGCUCGCGAAGGGUAAGGCGCACGUGUGGCAGUUCGUCGACUGCCUCGCGGCGGAGGGAGUGUACCUGAAGGCAUCCAUUGGACAAGCUCUGCCGCCAGCGAUGGUAGGCGUGGAGGAGCUGGCGAAUGCUAUUGCUGGCGGUCCACAGUCUGAUUGA